AUGCCGAAGCCAUCAUCAGCUGACACAUGUUUGCUGCGGCCAACCUUGCAUGUCGAGGUUGCAGCCACAGCCCUACCAAAUAAGAUAGAUGAGCUAGACAAGCUACGAGGAGACCUCAGGGUAUGGUUCGCGAAAACCCACGAAAGUGUCACACUCGGUCGGACAGCCCUCCCAAAAGAGAUAUACGGCCUCCCGCUUGUCACGCAGGUCGAUGUGGCAGACUACACUGGCCCCAUACACGGCACAGGGUACCACAAUGUCCACGACCUCGACCUCGAUUUGCAGGUCUAUGUGCUCAGACCGGAGGACAGCAGUGACGGUCGCCGGACAAUCGCACAGAACAGCGAUGCACACAUGCCACAAGCUCGCAUCAUAGCCCUGCCUAACGCCGCUCUCAAAGAUGAAUGGGACUCGCUGGUGUUCGAAGACGCUCUACCUCCUCGUCUACUUCGAUAUCUGACACGCAUGGUCACCAUGAUGAAGCAGCAGGGUCUCAAUCUCGCCACAUUCAACUGGAACCGCCUCUGUUUACUUCACGGGCCACCAGGCAGUGGCAAGAGUACUCUCUGUCGUGCCUUGGCGCAAAAGCUCAGCAUCCGGCUCGGAGGAACCUUUACCAAGUCGGUGCUCAUCGAGAUCAAUACCAACGGUAUGCUGAGCAAGUACUUCGGCGAGAGUGGCAAGCUCAUCACGAACACCUUUGACAACAUCUGCACCACAGCUGCAGACUCGCGCACCUUGGUUUGCGUGGUCAUGGACGAGAUCGAGACGAUAGCUGGGCGUCGAGAGGGAGCCACGUCAGGCGGCGAGUGUGCCGAUGGUUUGCGUGCUACGAACCAGCUCUUAACUGCUCUGGACCGCAUCCGCCGCCUGCCGAAUGUGCUUGUGCUCUGCACCAGCAACCUUAUCAGCGAGAUCGACCAAGCCUUCCUGGACCGCGUGGACAUCAAGCAGCACAUCCCGAGCCCUUCAGCAGAAGCCGUGUACGAGAUCUUGCGCUCGUGCUUGAAUGAGAUGAUACGCAUCACACUCAUCGACAUGCCUAUCGUCCCAAAGAAAGCAAGCAAGAAGCGCAAAGGCGGGACUGAUGCCAAGUCAGACGAGCCGUGGACCAAGGUCACUACAACCGGCGUGCCCACUUUCUCAGAGACUCAAUUGUAUCAUCUCAGCGACGUGCAGUCUGCUGGAGCUCGGGUAUGGAGCAUUGCACAACAGUGCCAGGGUUUCAGCGGCAGGACUCUGCGUCGUCUGCCAAUUCUCGGACUAGCGAUGUACACAUGGGGAGGUCAAAUCUCUUUGCAGGAUGCCAUUUCCGCACUCGAGGCCGCUGUUGAACAGGAGCUCAGGGUGAAGGUCAACACAAAUGGAAGCAAAAACGGGAAUGCGGAGGGCGAGGAUGCUCUCAUGGGCGACCUGUAG